AUGAUACGAACCAGACUCGGCAAUCCCCAGACGAUUUUAGUGGACCGAAUCAAGGCAUUUCAGAAGAGCGAUAAGGCCAACAGGCACUGUGCUGACUGUGGCGAGCUGGGUCCGACCUAUAUUUGCACUGAUUUUGGAACGUUCGUGUGUACAGAAUGUGCGGGGAUUCAUCGGGAGUUGACCCAUAAAGUGAAGGGAAUCUCCGUCUCCAAAUGGACCCAGCAAGAGGUCGAGCAUCUGGAGGCUCACGGGAAUACAAGAGAUCGCGAGAUUUACAUGGCAAAUUAUCGUCCGGGAAUCGACUUGGCGGAACCCAACAACCAGGACCGACAACGUUUGAGAGAAUUCAUGAAGCUCAAAUACGUUGACAAGAGGUGGGCAGCGUCUCAAUCAGAUCGUGCGGUACGGGCAACUGUGGUUGAUCGCACCACCGGGUCCCGACAGGGCUCGGUCACUGCCUCCCAUACUUCACAACCGGAUUUGAUCGAUACGACGACCGCGGUGGAUAACGCGGAGCGGAGUUCCAUGAAAACGAAGCAUCACAAACCAAGGAAAAAUUCAACGCCUAAGGCAGAACCAGCAGCUACCAGUGGGGACUUGCUCGAUGAUGACUGGGGCUUCCAAAGUGCCGGAAGCAGUGCUGCCCAGCAGACAGGAUCGUCGAAGCACGGUGCACCCGAUGAGCUACUGAUGCAAACGACAAGCACGAUGCCUGUUAUGCAACAGCCUAGCCCAGUGACUCAGGUGUAUCAGGCUGCCACUACGACUUUCGAUGGAGAUUUGGGCGCUUCUAUUCGUAUGCAAUGUACGUCUUUACUCAACUCUCUCCGACAACUGCAUACGGUGGAUCCUGCGAAGUCUGAGACGGCGAAGCGGUUCAUCGAGGACUCACUGCGGGGACUAGGAAUAGAGUGGAUGUCUGGGUCUUACAGCAGCGCUCCGUUGCCAACAGCUUCUACGGCAUCGGUAUAUGGUGCGGUUGGAUAUCCUGUGUCAAGCAAUCCAUCUGUUGCAUCAACGGGUCAUAUAAGAUCGAACUCCAACCCGUUCGAUGCAAUGGAGUCUACCUCACGGGCUAUGCCACCACAGGUGUCGGUGCCCAGAACUGGCUCGAUCGACCGCAAGGACAACAACCCGUUUGGAGAGAUCGCCGCCUGGCCUCAGAGUUCUUUGCGCGGGAAAUCGGCAGGGGCGACUGUUGGAAUUGACGGCAUCACUCCCAGGAUGAAUGUACCACCUUCAGCGCAGCAGCCUAUUUCUCCUGGUGGUAUGAGCAACUUGCUCGGAGGACUGAGCCCUGCUAGCACCUUCCAGCCUUCGUAUUCGAAUGGUCUCCCGGUUAAUUCCCAACAGACGAGAGAGGAACCAUUCGUCUGGCAAUGACGAGCCAGCGAUCAUGCGACUUUUUAUAAUGCUUGCCAUACGACAAUUGAUGCGCGUCUCUCAUAGCAUAUGUAGUAUCAACAUUCGCAAAAUACAUUUCCCA